AUGAUUUGUAACUACCGUCACAUGGAUGGUGUCGCUGGAGCAUGCGAAUUACGAACCGGAGGAAAGCUCGGAUGGAGAGGAAACGAGCAGAACGAGAACAACAAACUCGUAGUGUAUCAAGGAGUGGCAGGAGUGGUAGGAGUGGAAGAAGUGAAAGAAGUUCAAGAAGAGAACUCACAAGAAAGAAGUCGCCGUCCAAAAGAAACUAACAAUAAGUCGUUCCAUAUGGAAUACUAUGUGGAGAAUGGUGUGUUUGUCGGAUCCGGCACGGAGACAUCUAAUAAGGCGAGUGAGUCUCGCAGCCGUUCGGAGAUCGACAACAAAAACAGGCUUGUUCGACAGGAAACGCGCAAUGUGUGA